UUGCAGGCAUCUGCAGCUAUUGCCAAAAAGUUGAUUCCACUCUUUGACAGAGUACUUAUUCAAAGAGCAGAAGCGAUUACUAAAACCAAAGGUGGUAUAAUGAUUCCUGAAAAAGCCCAAGGAAAAAUUCUUAGGGGUACUGUUAUAGCGAUUGGUCCAGGGUCAAGAAACGAUAGAGGAGAACAUAUUCCACCAACCAUCAAAGUUGGAGAUUUAGUUUUGCUUCCUGAAUACGGUGGAACCAAAGUUGAACUUGAAGACAAUAAGGAAUUCCAUUUAUUUCGUGAAUCUGAUAUUUUAGCAAAACUAGAUGAAUGAAGUUCUCUGAUAAAGUAUAAUCUUACUUUUUUUGCUUAAUUUUAAAACAAAAAUAUGUAAAGUGUGUUUUCAAUAAAAUUUUUUUUAAUUUAA